AUGUUUUUGCCACCUUCGCCAGUCUAUCGGUUAUGGCAUAAUAUUGAUGCAAAUUAUCUUGCUUCUGUCAGCGACACAAUUCCCGGUGAUGAAUUAGCAAAGCUACUAAAGUUUUUCGCAAAAAGUGAUUUAAAUCGAGAUUUGCGCUUUAGAGCAAAGCGUUAG